CAUUGACUAAAUUGGUCAAAGCCUGCCUUAGCUGCUUCCAUGGCCCAUUAGUGGAAAGUGCAUUCAACUUAAUGGAUACACUUGUCACUGACUAUAGAACCUCUCUUAAAAUUGAUUCCCUAGAUGCAGUGCAGACUAUUAAAUAUGAUUUAAUGGCUUCUAAAGAAACCUCAUGUGAAAAAUAUGGCUCAAAGAAUCCAAUGACUGAUCCAAUUCACAAAGAUCUCUUACUGAAUAUGAACAGAAGUUGGAAAACAUAUCAAGAGGACUUAAAAACAUGUAUUUCAGAUGAGUCACCUAUAAAAGUCCCUGAAAAACCUUCUACAUUAGCAGAAAAGCAAACUGCUUCUACCUCUGCAUGUGCUGUUCUCGAGGAAAUUUCUUCAACUGUAAAUGAGGAAAAUAAAAGUCAACCUUCCUGCAAUUAUGAAGUUCACCACAAAAGAAAGACAAGCCCACAAACAUCAGAAAAUAAAAAAAAGCAGCAGAAAUUAGAUAAUUUUUUUAAAAGAAUUAAUUCAGGUCAUUCAAUACUUCAUAAUUGUAAUUUUUCAUUCCCCCCUCCCCUUUCUCGAAACUCCAAAAUGCCGGUAGUAAGUCCGUAAAAGUUUCAGGGGAUUUUUUGGGGUCCCACAAACACCCCUGUAAACGUGUGAAGUAAAAUUCUAAACUAUUUGCAUGUUUUGAAAGUCUUCUAAACAAUAUGUUCACUGAAAAUCAGUGCUACACUUUACUUUCACCUACAGUUGCUGUAAUAUUAUAUGUAAGUAUCUGGCCUAUAUCUUUUAUCUUCUUGUCUUGGUAUUUUUUCAGUGCAAGCUUUUUCCGUUUGAAAUUGGAAUAUUCCAACUUUUAUAGCAAGCAAAUAUUUUUUCCUAAACCAUCAAUGAACUCAGAUAACCUUUUGGUAAGAAAUAUUCGAAACAUUUUGAAUAUUAAAUAUAAGAAAUUUCCAAAGUUUUUGGUAAAUCUUAA